CAAUCUCCUUCCUCCCUCCUUCUAAUAAACUAUCACGGAACAUAUAAAAAUAAGAGAUCGGUUGAUUCUUUGAAGGAGGGCAAGGAAACGUUACAAUGUCUCUACCACCACAGACAAUUCGUAUCAAGCGUCCUCGUGACGAAGCUCCUGUCCAGGCGUUAUACAUUGACGGUAACACUCGCACUCCCCAGAAGCGUCAGAGAACCGGGCACUCGCCAGAUUACGUUUUCCGACUUGCACACACGGUUACGUCGCCUACCGAUCCCACGCCCCGUCCAUUCCAGCCCAGGACCUCGAGCCCACCUCGGCGUUAUCGGGUUCCGCAGGUUCGUAGCACAUUGCCGCCGUCGUUGGGUGGGUCUGAACCUUCACCGGAUUCUCCCAGUACCGUUUUGCCUUUGACGGCUUUGACGCCAAGAAAUGUUACGCCACAGCCAGGGGAGAAGUUGAUUUUGGAUACUGCUACGGUUCCCCAAAGUGCGUUACUUAAAGCACCAGUUCCGCUUAGUGCAAUUUCGUCGAAUGGGGGGAGUGCUCUUGAGUCUCAGACUGUGGUUUCACCAGAUAGUCCGCCUGCUUUGUCCCCAGUCCAAGCUCCUGAGCGACAUGGCACGCCCCGACAUGAUACUUUUGGUAACGAGUCGCCACGGGCUGGGGGGUUGACGCCGGCUGUCAAAAGGAAGAAUGGGGAGAUGGAGAGGGGGCAGGAUGAUGAAGAAGCGGAGAGGUCCGGGACUAAGAGGAAAAUAACACCUGUUCGAAGAUACCAGCUCGCAAAGCGCCUUCGUGUUAAGCAUAGCCACCAUCCGUAUUCCAGUGCCACUCGUCGGAGCGCUAUCUUUACUCGGGUUGUUGAAACUCAUGAUAUCGGUACGGACCGGGCGGAAGAAACUACGGCUGUGGAGAAAACCCCUGAGCCAGCGGUGGAGCGUAAACGCCCGAGAACUCACCCACAAGAGAAAAAGAAAUUGGAAGAGCAAAAGAGGAAAGCGGAAGAGGAGAAAAUGGCCGAGGGCAACAAGGUCAAGUUCGAGGAUCGGGAGGGUGAUAAUGACUCCCUCAUCGCCCCGUUUCACGCGAUGGUACUCGAACACCUUAAUUCGUCUUCCAACGAUGGCAUCCGCAACCUAUCAUCGUCCUCCUUUUCCACGAAACCAAAGAGUAUAGCAUCGAAGAUCGGCGGAGGAGUGGGUGGUGGAACGUGGGGGGGACCCGAGGAAGAGGAUGGUUUCGUCUACGAUGUGUAUAUCCGCGAAGAACUCCCUGUCCCUGUUGAUGGGAAGGAAGGAGACUACGGCGUAUUGGAGAUUGAGGGUAGCGAUGACGAAGAAUGGUGGUAUGAAGGGGAUCCGGAUGAAGGCAGUGAAGAUGAUGUCUGGGCUAGUGAAGACGAGGAUAGCAACGCUGAGGACUUUCAUACCAAUGACUACCCCGAAGAGCCCACCUACGACUCCGACGAUGAUCUACCUCGCCGGUUCCAUCCCUCCGAUGACGAUUCCGAUGACGAUCCGAAUGUGUUCAAACCAUGGGUUAGGGGUGGCCAGAGGUUUGGAGAUGAGGAGUUUGACCUCGAUGACGAUGAUGAAGAUGAAGAGCAGAGAUUUGAGGUCAAGCAGGGGAUUUGGGAUAUUAUUGGUGGGGAUGAAGCGGAUGACGAAGAGGAGUAAGGCCCUGGGUGGCCCCAUGCAACCGAUACGGAGGUCUGGUAUGAGUUUAAUAGCAAUGAGCGGUCUAGUUUUUUCACCCUCUUUUUUACCUUUUGCAUUUUUACACCUGUUUGCAUGGCGGAGCAUUUCACAAUUGAUUAGAAUUAGUAUGAUGUAAUGAUAUUGUUAUAGACUUGUUUAAA